AUGCGGGGCUCAGGCCCUGGGCCUUCGUCGGGAUGGGAGUGGGAGAACGCCGCAGCUGGAGCAGUCGCCGGGUUCGCCACCGUCGCAGCUCUUCAUCCUCUCGACGUCGUACGCACAAGGUUCCAAGGUCUCUCUCUCUCUCUCUCUCUCUCGUAUGCCCUUUUGAUCGUCCAAUUUUGUGGUUUUUUUGGUCGUGACUGAAUCCUUUUGAACCUUGCAUGUGUUAAUGGGCGCAGUCAAUGACGGCAGGCUCUCCAAUCUCCCGUCUUAUAGGAACACAGGUCACGCUCUCUACACCAUCGCUCGGGCAGAGGUUUGUCCCAUUUUCCGGACCAGCUUCUAGUCUCAGUUUUUUCAAAUGCUGCGUCUGUUGUUGUGAUGUUUAUUGAUGAAAUAUGCUUCAGUGAGGAUAUCAAUAGAAUAUCCUGCGUAUGGUAGAUGAGAGUUCCUAGUUGCGGCUAGAGAUUGUAUCCCUUUUGGGAAGGCUAAAAAUUCGAUAACUACCUGUUCUAUCUGAAUCAUCUGCUAAUCACGUUCUUCAUCAUGUCAAGGAUGCAUGAUCUGAAAAAAAAAGUUUAUUCAAAUAUAUAGAAAGUUACACCUAAAUGAUUAUUGCAAAUUCAUAACGCAUAAGGGACGUUUAUAGCAAUCCAAUCGUAUCUGAUCUCCAUGAUAUGGAAUGCUACAUAACCGAUUUUAUAUUUGUCAAAUUCUUUAAUGAGUGUACAGCAUCCCACACCACUUUCUUCUGUAAAUAAUUUUUUUUUAUAACCUUGUAGAAUUGAGAAGAGUCGAUAUUUUUCGUUAGCAUGUAAUGCCUGGGAGAAAUGGAAAUUGGGCUGGUUUGGUCGUACAUUGGGCUAAGCUAACGACAUUAGGUGUUGAAAUAUGGAUGUUUAUACCUCACUGGUCCACAGUGAUGCCCAUCAACCUGCCUACUUGAGUUGGAGCUCUCAACACAGAGUAGGUUAACGUGUUUUCCACCCUGUGAUGAGACAGACAACUGAUCCUUUGCAAAGACUCAUUGUUGUAGAAACCAUCUCUACAAUGCUUGGAUUACUUAACAAAGGUGCAUGCUCAAAGACAGAGUAACUUAAUUAGUGGGAAACCGUGUGAGCUGUCUGUGCUGAACCACAGUUCAAUUUUUUCUUAAUCUGUUCCAAUGUAGUGUCUUUUGAUUAUGCAUCCAGAAAAAAAGCUUUCUGCUUAUGCUGUUGGUGUAUUUGGCUAAACUGCGUGGAAAUAUGAAAUAGGAAUAGUAUUCAAAUGUAAGGGUCACAGAAAACUCCUUAUUUUUUUAAUUUCUUGUUCAGCACCAUCUGCAUGGUUGCUACACUCGAACUUUCCUUCUAGCCUCCAUAAUUUCAGAUGAAAACACUAUUCAUUUUUGAAUGAGUAAUUUGUUCUCAAAUUUUUUUUAUUUGAUGCUUUUAAAGUGACGUUUAUGUUUUGCUUCCUUAUGGGUUAUCAUUUCAGGGUCUAAGAGGGCUUUAUUCAGGCUUCAGUCCUGCAGUCGUUGGAUCGACUGUCUCUUGGGCUCUAUACUUCUUUUUGUGAGUGCUAUGUCUUUACCAUAGUUAUUUUUUUGUGUUGUACCUUGAAUUGAAUAUUUGCUUUGAGAUUGUGUGGAAUAUAUUCGUGAUGUUAAUGUUUACGACAGAACUUUCAGAGGCAUCCUGUGGCAAGUGUAAUUUAAUUUUCUUAAGGUGAUCCAUUAUGUUUUAGAAAGAAAAGUAGACGUACAUGUAUUGUCUCAGUAAAACCUAUGAUUGUAUUCGGAUGUCCUAAGCGAGCCUCAUUAACCCACUUGUGCUUUGUCUCAUUAAUGGAAUGUUUCCCGCAACCCUCAAAAAAUAGGAUGACGUCUGAAAUUCACGUGAAAUUCUAAACCAAACACAUGAAUGUUCCAUGACUGCUGAUAUUAUCUGCAUCAGUACACAUUUUCUGCUUGCUAUUUUUUGGAUGCAAAGUAAAUAUAUAUGAAAAUAGUGGUAGUUUCUUGUGUCGCGCAUCCAUUACCUGUGCGAGGAAAUAUUUUAAUUUCCCAUCAGCCCAGAUAUUUCCAUCCAAUUUAUGGAUAAUAUCGAUUCUUCAUUGUUUUCACCAGUAAACCUAUGGUUCUAAUAGAAAAACAUGACCUUUUGCUUUAUAAGUGCCAGCAAGCAUGAUAUUUUCUUGGGAAACAUAGAUGGCUGCCUAGUGUUCUUCACUAGGCAUGAUCUAGUAAAGAACAAACUAUCUGAGAUUUUUUCCUCCGUACGUCUUUGGCUACACAUGAUCUAUUCAUCUUUAGCUCUCUAGUAUAUUGCAGGAGAACACGAUAAAGAUGAAUAGAUCAACCAGUUUUAUACUGUGUGAAGAUGGAUUUCAGAUUUUGUAUCAAAUCGGAUGACUGACCUUUCAUACCGCUGAAGAUGGAGACCUCAUCCGUUGGUUUCUAUCCUCGUAACCUGAAACGCUGAACUGUGCUAGGAGUCUAUAACAGCACAAAAAGUGUUCAAUUAAACAUUGCAUGUUUUGAAAGUAUUUGAAACUAUUUUCUUAUUUCCUUUGUCCUGUUGCUGCUUUUAUUUGUGUCAUCAUUUUCCAUUUGAAGAUGAGAUCUGAGGUUUCUUUUGGAAUUUUAAUGGGAAAUUGUUAUCCACACAUGUUUCUGCAUAUUUUCUUGAACUCUUUCAUCCUCUUGCUCAUCCCAAAUUUAUAUUACCUUAUAUGCUUGUUUUAAUUUAGCUUGUUUUUAAUAAGAUCUGCAUGUAAUGCACUUACCUCACAGCGCUUGUUUUCAAUAUGACUAUCAAAUCGGAUUCAUAGCUAUAACAAAAUAAAGCAGCGAUAUUCUAAAGGGAGUAGUGAUCAGCUCAGCCCUGGACAUCAUCUUCUUUCUGCUGCUGAAGCAAGUACUUUGGUGAGUAGCCUAAGUGAGUUUCCUGACAAUGACUUGUCUUCAGGGGCAAUUGAAACAUCUCUAUUAUUAUUGUUUCUUUAUUAUUAUUCAUGCAUAUAUAUGCAUGUGAAAUGAUGAAAUAAGAUAUUUUAACUUAUUUCUAAAAGCAGUGCAUGAUUACCGCAAAUUACAUUUGUAAGUUGUUCCACACAAAUACAAGUUACCACAAAGUGCAUGAUUACUAUCGCUUAUCAUUCCGCUACAGGAGGUUUGAGAGUUUUGUAAGUGGGGGAACAGCUAAUUAUGGGCAUUUAUGCUUGACUAGGUCUGAACAAGGUAAAAUCCUUUUCUAUUUAUGAUCUUGACUUGUCUGAAAAAUUGUCCCCUUUCGCUCUGAAUACAUAAUCCUAAUAAUAAACACAUAUGAACGAGCCCAACCCACCAGAUUGGCAAGAAAUAGAGACCAGUUGUCUCAAUGCAACACUUAAAAUCAUCAUGUUUAAACAAACUUUUCAUUAGUUUGACCACAUAUACGUUUAUUUUUCUUACCUCUAGAUACAAUCACCCUUGAAAUUGGAGCAAAUCUUAGCUAUUCUAGUUCCACUCGAUGAAUUAUGAUUGAUGUAUUCAUGGAUAAAAAAAAUCACCCAUGGGAAGUAUCCAAAGCUCAGCUGAAGGGAAGUUUCCAAAAGAAGUGUUUAGCAGGGUGUGCUCGUGUUGAGUUUCAGGUUGGAAAACAAAGAAAUCAGAGAAAAGAUGGAAAGUUCCAGGCUCGCAAAAUCCUUGGUGUCUGGAUUAUAGCCACUUUUGAUAUCAUAUACUCUCUCUCUCUCUCUCUCUCUCUCUCUCUCUCUCUCUCUCUCUCUCUCUCUUCCUCCCUCUCUCGCUUAUGUUUAUCUUGACUGCACGGGGAGACAUGGAUGCCUUCAAGAGGAGUUUUGUUUCACAGGAAAAAAUGAGAUUCCUCUUAUCACCUAUCAUUGAUGCUAUGUACAUAGCAUUGCCAAUUGGUGUAUCGAUAUCAGACAAAAGGCGGUCUGGAGAAGUUAGAAUCUCUGUUUCAUAAGGGAACGUGGUCUCCAUCAAUUAUAUAUGACCAAUUCAAGAUUGAACGGUUGUAGCUAGUAAGGGGGGAACACCAUGAAAGAAAUAAAGUAUUUUGGGAAAUGUUAUUCAUGAAGUUAAUGCAGAACGAUGUGCAGAUAAAGAUCAUUCCAAGUUAUAGCCAAAUUUGAACGCCUAGGAGUAUCGUUAGUUUCUGAUGAUUUUUUCUCUUUCAACAAAUAUUAUCAUGUUUCCACUAUCGUACUUGAUAAUAUUUGAUUUAAUUUGUGAAUGCAUCACUAGCCAAUUAACUUGUUAGUAUCACAAGGCUGGAGGAGGUUCUUAGUCCUACCUGCAAUGAACCGGGACCAGAAUUUGGCUGAUACAAAGAACAAGACCCCAAUCUAACCCAAGGGGAUUUCAAUCGGGUGUGUGUUACAUCCCGGUUGACCAUGUCUGCACUAAAAUCGAACCUGACUGCCAGGAUUCACUUGACCGGUGAAAACUUCUAAUCAAACACCUAUUGGAUAUUUAAGAAUGAAAGCUGACAAUUAUAUUUGAAGUAAGACAAGAUGACAUUCUGAACUUUCUGCAAUUCAUACAUUGUAGGGAAAUACAAUUUGGAUGUCAUUAUCAUGUAAACUCUUACGAACUUUUCUUAUACUUCUUGCUGUGGUUUUAUUUACUGGUGUGCACAAUGUUGAUUGAAGGACAUUUCAGGUAUGCUUAUUCACAAAUCCUGUCUGGCUGGUGAAAACAAGACUGCAACUUCAGACCCCUGUUCAUCAAAGUCGACCAUAUUCUGGAUUCUAUGGUUAGUUACCUAAAUUAAAUAUUAUUAACUAUAAAGCAAAACCUGUGUUUUCAGACCCGUUUUAGCUACUGGCUUUGGAUGAAGACGACAGUCGGUUUGUAGUUGUGUUAGUUAUCCUAUCCAUAUGCAGUUUCUGGGGUACCUGAUGCAGAUUAAAAUAUAUGAUUUCAGAUAUCAUCUUGGUAGAUAUUUGAAGAUUCAACUGCUAGUGGAAAUUUGUCUACUGCUUAUUGCCAAAAUGUUUACAAAUUUCCAUUGUUACAGUGCCGUUAACAUAUUUCAUCCGAAUUGUUUUCUUAAGUUCAUAACGCAUGCAGUUGACCUUUUCCUUUAAUGUGUUCUUUUUUUUUACUUUCAGAUGCUUUGAGAACUAUUCAGAAAGAGGAAGGAUUCCGGGGACUUUACAAAGGAAUUGGGCCUGCACUUUUGCUGGUGAGGAUCACUGAUAAUUUACCAUGUUUCAUCCUCUGUGGGCUGUUGAUGUAUUUGUCAAUUGUCUCCUCUGAAUUCUUAGGGAUGAUAUUCAUGGGUGUUGCCUAUUCCCUUCCUACCAUGGUGCCAUCAUUUAAGUCGUAUCAAACAAUAAGGCAUGUUGUUGACAGUCAAAGUUUCAUCUAUGUUUCUAUCCAACUAUGAUUUUGUGUUAUAAUAUUCUUGAUGUUAAAUUCGAGAUCAGGAAUUCGAAUGUACUUUUUCCGGGGCCAUUCAUAAACCUCUGCUAUUCUCGAAAACAUAAAGUUUGAUGGAUUUAUCUUUUCCCCUCCAAUCUAUGUACAAUUAUUCGACAUGUUCCUUACAAUCCCUCUGUAUUUCCAGUGAUCUUCAUUUAAUCCUCACUUCUUUGGUAAAUUAGAAGACCAUCAAUUCUAUAAUCUGGGUAUGAAUCAUUGAUAUCUACAGAAUCUUACGUUGUGCUGUCUAAUCAACAUGAGUGUGGAAAGUGUGAUGGAGAUGACAUAUUCGCGUUUAGUUUUGUCAGCUCGCUAGCUGUUAGGAAAACCCUACCUUGUCGUCGAUGGCCUGACUCUAGAGACAACAGCUCCAGACAUUUGGUGACAUUCGUAGUUUUUGUCAAUCUAACUACCAUGCUAAUUACCAGAAAACUGUCAUAACAAGAGUUUCUCUUCAGGUUCAUGGCUCUGUGUUGAUUGUGGAUAUAUUAUCGACUAUAAGAAAUGAUAUGCGAGCAUUCAUGGACUUCCUUUGAGUUUUAGUUAUUUUCUUCUGAGUUUGUAGAUUGUAGCAUGACAAGGAGACAUAAUUUCUUGCAUAAACAUUUUCUGAAUAUGCUGUAAGUUAAACCCAUCUUUCUUUCAGUGUUCAGUUUUCUCAUUGGUUUAUUUUACUGGAGGAAUGAGAAAGUAGCCUUUUUUUGUGACCGAAUGAUGCUUGAGACAGUGAUAUUUACUAUGAUGGGCUUUCUUAGAGAUUGCAUCAAUUCAUGCUAUCGACAGAAGUGAAUGAAAAACUGCUGAAGAAUUAAUUUAAUUGAAUUGAAUUUUAAUUUUUUCUUAUUUCUGGUUAGAUAUCAAUAUAACUCUUUUCAUGCUUUAAAAUCAUGGGCUAUUACUAUGCGUUCCAUUGUUGAUCAGUAUGUUAUCUGUUUCCAAUUGUCUGUCUCAGGUUUCUCACGGUGCCAUUCACUUUACUGUGUAUGAGGAGCUCCGUAAAAUCUCCAUCCACUUUAAGAGUCAUAAGGAGAGGAUGAGUCAACAUGGUGAUGAAUUGCUGGUAUUGACUUUGCUAACAUGCUUAUCUUGUUCCUACCUUCAGUAAUGUUACUCUUGGUGUCUGUAAAAUUAGAGACCCUACUAUUUCUGUAUUUUCUACAGUGAAUAAAAAAAGAAAGAUUAAACCCUGGAAAUUUCACUUAUUUCUUUGCGUCUUUGAGUUGAACUCCACAUCUGCCGAUUCUGCUUGGAGUUUGAUGGGUGCUUUCGGUCUCAUUUUUUGAACUCCUUGGCUUCCCUAGGAAAAGAAAAGAAAAGAAGGAAAUGGUGAAAAUUAGCCGUUACUGUGAUGAGUCUGAACAAUGAUGGAUGGUUUUCUUUGUUUUAUCGUAGAAAUGUCCUUGACGCAUUUUUAUAGAAUAUCGCGGUCUAAUAUCUGACCGAUUUCUCCGAUUUGUAUCCUCCACUUGACUCUUUUCAUAUCAUUUAAUAUCUCCUACCCAUGAUAUUUGAUCUUAUGUGGUUUUUAGUAAUUUUUUCUCCGACCACUGACAAAAAAGCUCUUUCCCAUCUCAUGUCUACCUCUUCCAACGUCUCCUCUUCGUUGACUUCCAACGUCUCAUACUUUCUCUGUUGUUCCCUCCUGCGCAGAACUCAUUCGAUUAUGCUGUUCUCGGAGCUUCUUCAAAAGUCGCCGCUAUCAUGAUCACUUACCCAUAUCAGGUACCGCUAGAGUUUUGAAAGUGUCAUGACUGAUCUACAGAUCAUCUUAGGCAACCCCUGAUUUAUGUCAUUCUACCAUAAAUGACCUUCAAAUUAUUGGUGUUUCAGGUCAUUCGGUCACGCUUGCAGGUGGACAACCAACCCACCACCCACUUCUUCUCAUUAGCUUCCAUUUUUAGUCGAAAAAACCUGACCUUCUUUCAAAAUCCUGUGCAGCAAAGACCCAGACUCGACGGCUCUCCCAAGUAUUCAGGCAGCUGGCAUGUCCUGAAGGAAACCUUCAGGUGGGAUCAUCCAUCCCUUAAUUCUCAACCCAUGGGGAUUUUUUUAAUUAAAAAGUGGUCAUUAUGUAUGUCCAUAUAUAUAUAUAUGUAUGUAUGUAUGGCUUCUCCAUGAUUCCAGGUCGGGAUCCGGUCCAAUUUGGGAUGUUUGACCGGAUUAAGGAUCGGAUAUGUAUGGGUGAUGCAGGUUUGAGGGUGUUCGAGGAUUCUACAAGGGGAUCACAUCCACCCUGCUGAAGAACGCCCCCGCCGCCUCGAUAACGUUCGUUGUCUACGAGAAGACCCGGAGCCUGCUCGGCCUGGCCAGAAGUCAACGCUGA